AUGCGUACCCCCCUCGGCCUCGGUCUAGCCGAUCAGACGAACCUUGCUAUCUUCACACCGUGGUUUGUUAAAUACAGGAUUCCUGUCACUGUCCUGCCUGUCGUUCCUCCUCGUCGCAGGCAGAUCAAGCGCCGGCAGGGAGAGUCUCGAACUGACUUCAAGUACCGUUUCCGCGCUUCUAUCCGGAAAAUCAUUACCCAGUCGCUGCUCAACGCGCGCUGGAGGGACUGGCAAUACCGCAACUCCAUCCUGGAUUCUCAAGUCGCUGCUGUUCCCCACGUCCGUCGCAUCUGUCUUGGAGAACAUCUGGAGGACUACGACGGCUCUGGCCGCGCCAUACCCAGCAAAGGGAAACGUCGGCGUGAUGGCUAUGACGCGAAGGCUUACCGGUACGGCAUCGACGACGGUCGUCCGGAUCUCGUCAAGCGCUGCAGGGUUUCCCGUUCUGAACACCGGAUGUCGCUCAUGGAUAUUGAUGGCCUCUUUCUGUUGGACCACGCCGCAAGGGACGAGCAUGAAGGCAAACAGAUCGUCGCCAAGGUCUUCCAGUUUAGUUUCCCAGUCGAGCUGGAUGCAACAGUGCCAAUGCACGCCUUCGCUCCUCCUAAGCAGACUGUCGACAACCCGUGCUUGGACGUCAGCAGCUCCAAGUCCUUGAAUGUUAUUCUUGUCGUCCCGGAAGAAGAUUCCAGAAUGGGUAUAGCUACGGCAGACUCUUCGGAGGACGCCGCAACUGUGCCGUCAACUGCUGCUGAGGCUUCCCCUUCGUCUGUUGACACCGCAGUCGACGCUUCUCCGGAGGUCCCGCCUGUUGUUGAACCUGGUAUCCCUAUGUCUCUGUGCCAGUCCAAGCCACUGAAGUCGAUCCUCAAGAACGAUCGGGUGACUAACCGGAUGACGCCAUACGCUAGGAAGCCCAAGGUCACUACUAAUGCUGCUGCUGUACAUGGAUCGCGUAUCAUGAAGCGAGGCGGCAAGGCCAGAAUGUCAGCGCUGACUCUCAUCUGGAAGUCACUACCGGAGGAAUUGCGCAAUCUGGCCUCGGUCGGAGACCUCAGAACCGUUCGCGAUCGGAUGUUAGGUAUCAACACGUGCGACGUCUAUGACGGGACGACGACCGUAGAUCCUCGUGUCAGGACGAAGAACGGCAACUACAACAGCAAGGCGACUCAUGAGCGGCGUGCGGGACUCAGGUCAUUUCGUGGCCAAGGUUCAGCGCUGAAGGCGUUUCACGACAAUAUGAUCUCCUACCUUGUGGCCUCUGGGAUUUCUGCUGUUUGUCUGAUGCAUGGACGCGUGCCAAUGUCUGCCUAUGGGGACCACCAUGAAUCUGUGGCGACAGAAGCGGUUCCUGCGCCGGUGGUCUACCCGCUCUCUUCCGGCGUCGAAGAUAGCCAGCACGUCGCGGAAUCCUUUCGAGACGAUUCUCAGCAGCAUCAGGUGACCCCUAUCAACGACUCUGUGCCCGAUGUCCUACAGGAUGGUAGCGCUGCUGACGCCGGUAACGACGAUGCCAAUGAUGUCUUGCCCGCCAGCGACUCCGGGGACUCGGUCCCCACGACGCCCAAGGCGCGCAAGCGCACCCUUCAGCGCACCCUUUCGGAACAAAUCUUCGGCACUGGCUCGGAUUCGGACUCGGAUUCGGACUUCGAAGACAACAACAACGCUGACCCCCCUGCCGGUGGUUGUGCUCGUGCCGAGGAACGGGAGCAACAUGGCCUUCAGUUCGAUCGGGGACUAGCUGCCGGCAUCGCUCCGUCCCUGGUCCCAGUUGAGGCAGGCAACCUCAUUCACGCAGUUCUUCCUGUUGGCUACCAUUUCGGUCCCCAUGGCGAUGCUUCUAAUACCACUCCGAAUGCCCCGCGUUCCGGGCGCGCCAUUGGGAACGAGGCUCCAGACGUUACUAGCGGCGACUGA